AUGCAAUCUAUUGACAAAAUAAUAAUUGGUACUUUUCUUGCAUUUUUUAUUUUUGCUAUUACCAUCGAUUAUAUUAAUUCUGUUGCUCCAGUUAAUGAAGAAAUUCGAAAUGAAAAUACAUCGAAAUGGCUUUGGCCACCACAAACGUUUUUCAAAUUAUUUUAUUGGUGGUGUGGAAAUGUUGAUCCAGUUUUACUUCAUAAUAAUUCUUUUGUUAAAUAUUUAACUUGUCUUUCACCAUUUCUAUUUGCACCAUUCUAUUUAAUUGCUAUCUAUGCUAUUUAUCAUAAACACCAAUGGAUUCGUAAACCAAUGAUUCUAUUUUCGUUGAUAUUAUUUUUUGGUUUAAAUUAUUUUUUCUAUCAAGCUUUAUUUGGUAGAGAAAAAACGAAAAAUCUAUUUUUAUUUACGUUAGCUUAUGGUUAUUAUCAAUUAUUUCCAUUAAUUUUAAUUUAUCGAUUUUGGCCGAAGAAAGCGUUCGAGAACACAAUUGAUCGAAUAAAAAAUAAUUAA